AUGGACGCCUAUGUGGCAUCUAGUGGACAAAUGACUCCGAUUAAUGUGGCACUUGCUCAAGAGCAACGUUGCAUCGGUUAUCACUUUGAGAAAGAGAUUGAUGAAGCUCUGAAGCAAGUUCACGAGAGAAGCAUCGAGUCUGUGGAUGGUCCAAGCUUUGCCAGUGAUCUUUACACCACUGCCCUCAUGUUCAGGUUGCUAAGGCAGCAGGGUUACAAGAUAAAUAGCAGUGCGUUUAGCAAGUUCAAGGGUCCGGACGGAAACUUUGAUGAGUCACUUGAAACCGACGUGAGAGGUUUGCUGAGCUUAUAUGAAGCUAGCCAUCUCCGGACUCACGGAGAGGAUGUUCUUGAGGAAGCCCUAGCUUUCACUCUCACCCACCUUGCCUCCACGAAUGAGAAGCUCGGCCCUGCCUUAAUUAGAGAUGAGAUAAGCCGCUCCCAAAGGCAGUUUAACAUUCGUAAGGGGUGGGACAUGGAGGUCAUAGACGAGCUGCCUGACUAUAUGCAAGUGUGUUACAGGGCCUUGCUAGAUGUUUAUAGAGAAGCUGAGCACUUGUUGCCUGAGGAAGUAGGAUCUUAUCGCAUAUCCUUUGGUAUAGAAUCGAUGAAAGGUAUGGUGAGAGCACAUUUUGCCGAAGCGAAAUGGUUCCAUCGUCAAUAUACCCCAUCAAUGGAGGAGUACAUGCAGGUCGCAUUGGUCUCAGCUGGCGGUUUACUCCUAUCAGCUACAGCUUUCGUAGGGUUAAAGGAUGCUUUUGAGCAGAAGGUAGGCCAAGCGGUUUCAGCCGUCGAAUGCUACAUGAAGCAAUAUGGAGUCACUGAGGAGGAAGCAAAACAUGAACUCUGGAAGCAUGUCAUUGAUGCCUGGAAAGACAUCAAUGAAGAGGCCCUACACCAGACGGUCGUCUCGGCUCCACUGCUUCAUAUGAUCAUUGACAUCGCCCGUAUGAUGGGUGUUUGGUAUGAAGAUAUUGAUAUCUACAAACAUUCAAGGACCAAGAUGAAGGUUGGCAUUGCUUCCCUGUUCAUCGAUCCUUUUCCCUUAGAUAUGUAG